GGGACAUCAUGGUAACAGGACACAAUGCAACUAUACAGACUGAAGGUUGGGAGUGAGAGAGAGAUGCAAUCCAUUACCAGCAUAACUGUAGUUUGUGUAUUUUAAAACCUGAAACUAAUAAUCCUAUCUCAUUCGUUAGCUAGUUGACGCAGUUUACAUAUAGCAUUGUAUAUACGUCAAUAUUUGUCAGUCAAUCGGAGCUGGCUGAAUUUCAACAGUGACUCCCGACAGUAUCUAGCUAGCUACUUUGCCGCUUUGGACGCGGUAUGUAUUCUCCUCGGACGCGGUAUGUAUUCUCCUCGGACGCAGCGGUGGAAGCGUUGCUGAGAGCCCAUUGGCUAUCGGUCUUGAUUGCUUAAACACUUCCAUGGAGGAAUAUUCCGGUUCACUGCGCACGGCUGUAGUUUUCCUGAAGUGUUUCCCUAAUGUCAGAAUGACAGCUAUAAAAAUGGCGGAGGGCAAUAGAGAAAAGUGAUGAGGACGGGGCAACAAAUGAGACAACUAUCCUCAAUUUAUUAUAUUAUUCUCAUUGUUCAUCGGAUAUUCUCGAAAACAUUUAAGGUUUGGUGAGACUUGUGCAGAGCCUAGUUUGUUCUUCUGUUGAAGAUUUAGCUAGCUAACGUUAGCUAGUUUGCUAUCUGCGGAAGAGGCACAACUUCCAAGACAUUGCAGCUAAAAAAACAAGCAAUGUUUUUGAGCUGAUUUCGUGAUAGUUGGGGACUUUUUGUAAAUCAGGCAUUAUAAUUCCAAUAACGCAAGGUAUCAUUAGCUGGACAUAAACCGCUUUGCACUCUCCGAUUUGGGCUUGCUACAGUAACUCAUUUAGCUAGCAAACAAAGUGGCGUCAACUGACUACAAAUUUAGCUGAUUGUUUAUUUUAUGACGACAUGGCUCGUUCCCCGGAUCAGAGUGGCAUUCCAGGGAUGCAGAACUUUAAAGCCGAUCCGGAGGAGCUGUUCACCAAGCUGGAGAGGAUAGGGAAAGGCUCUUUUGGAGAGGUGUUCAAAGGCGUUGACAAUCGGACUCAGAAAGUAGUGGCCAUUAAGAUAAUUGACCUCGAGGAGGCCGAGGAUGAAAUCGAAGACAUCCAACAGGAAAUAACAGUCCUCAGCCAGUGUGACAGUCCCUUCGUUACCAGGUAUUAUGGAUCAUAUUUGAAGGAUGCGAAAUUAUGGAUUAUUAUGGAAUAUUUAGGAGGAGGAUCAGCUCUGGAUUUAUUGGAGCCCGGUGCCUUGGACGAAACCCAGAUUGCCACUAUUCUCAGAGAGAUCCUGAGGGGACUUGAGUACCUGCAUUCUGAAAAGAAAAUCCACCGAGAUAUUAAAGCUGCUAACGUGUUGCUAUCGGAGCAAGGAGACGUGAAGCUGGCAGACUUUGGAGUGGCGGGGCAGUUAACGGACACCCAGAUAAAGAGGAACACGUUCGUGGGCACUCCGUUCUGGAUGGCACCUGAAGUCAUAAAACAGUCUGCGUACGACUCAAAGGCGGAUAUAUGGUCGCUAGGUAUAACAGCCAUAGAGCUAGCCAAAGGAGAGCCGCCCUACUCAGAGCUUCACCCUAUGAAGGUCUUAUUCGUCAUCCCAAAGAACAACCCGCCCACCCUGGAAGGAAACUACUGCAAACCCCUCAAAGAAUUCAUAGAAGCCUGUUUGAACAAAGAGCCCAGCUUUAGGCCAACUGCCAAAGAGCUGCUGAAACACAAGCUGAUUAUCCGGCACGCCAAGAAGACGUCCUACCUUUCAGAGCUGGUGGAGAAGUACAAGAAGUGGAAAGCAGAGCAGUCUCGGGAGGACUCCAGCGACGACGAGUCGGACUUUGAGCAGGAUGGCCAGGCGUCUGGAGUGAACGACUCUGGGAACGAUGACUGGAUCUUCAACACCAUUAGGGAGAAGGACCCCAGGAAGUUCCUGAAUGGUGCCGCCCAGUUUCAUGAGCUGGAGAGGAACCAGGUGCAAGACAAUCCAGAAAGGCCUCUGUCACAGAGCUGGUGCACUAUCAUGUCACCUUUGUUUGCCGAGUUAAAAGAGAACCAGGUUGAGGCAACCAAUGGCAAGCCAGAGGCUGUGGAGGAGCUGAGGGAGGCCGUUUUCAUGUCAGAGGAGUCCUAUCCUGGUAUCUCUGACGCCCUGGUUUCUGAACUAGUGCACAGACUACAGAGGUUUUCUCUACCCAGGGCCUCAUCCUCCCAGUGACACCCCCACCCCUACAGUAGCAGCAGUCCGUCAGUCCAUGGCCUCUGACAUCAACAGCCAAGAUGAAGUCUCCCAGGAAGUUCUCCAUCACUCAUUCAUUCACCUAAAGCAAAGCCUCAGCCCACUUUUCUUUUUUACUUAAGGUAUAUUGUCACUUUGCGGCCAGUCACGGGCCUGUUGGUCAGCUGCCACUGACUGACAACUGCUGUAAGACCUUUUGGCCUCAAUACCUCCGAUAUGAACGCAGGACCAUUGAUUCAAACAUUUGUGUGGCUUAUUCCUAAAAGGUCCUGAAGCCUUUCAGGGAGGAUCUAACUUUUUUGUGUGUGUGUGUGUGCAUGUGAGCAUCUCCUUUGAGAUCCUGUGAAAUGUGCGGUGGAGAUUGAAGCAUUCUUUUCAAAACUCAGGUAUCCUGCUUUUAAGUGGAUGGGGGUCCUCUGGGAGAAUUAAGAGAUCUGUUGGGUGGCUGUACAAACUUGUAAAUAGGCACAUUUUUACAAAUAUUGAGAAAUAAUGGAGUGUACACAAAGGAAUCUCUGUGGCCAAAUGCUUCUGUACAUAUAUUCUGUUAGAAAGGGUCAAUGUUUAAAGAGACAUGUAAAUGGUCAUAACUGAGAUUGCUUUGCCUUUAUUACUUGCUCUUUUUGUAUUUCAGUCAUGGGUUCCCUCUUGUUUAAACACAUUAUCUUGGAUUCCCUCUUGUUUAAAUACAUUAUCUUGGAUUCCCUCUUGUUUAAAUACAUUAUCUUGGAUUCCCUCUUGUUUAAAUCAUACAUUUUCAAGGACACAUCCAUUCAAUGGCAAUUGCUUCCCUCUGUCGUGUUUUUAUGUUAAUUUUUUUUUUUUAAAUGCUCUUUGACCUUUUUGAUGUCUCACUCUGUGACAUGGCUGUAGUUGCCAUGCAGUGCAGACCACAGAAACAGAAUCUGUCCAGGUGCACAACUUCUAACCCUCUCUAGUCUUGACACUGGGUUCUAUGUUGCCAGAGCAUCGAACUUCAUGAGACCACAUGGUUUCAUGACAAGAUGUCUGUUGGAUGGCAGUAAAUUCAAUUACAUCAUCCCACAACAGACACGUCUUCUUUGUUACUGCAGUGGUACAAUCUAUUCAACAGCUUGACUUGCAGAUUUUUUUUGUUGUUGCCGUAAGACCCCGUGGUCAUUAUUGUACAGGCAUGUCUCAAUGCUACAUAAGACAAAUGUCCACCUGUAGCAACACAGCUUGGAGCAUAGUAUAACAGAACACUGUAAACGUGAAUUCCACACAAAGUUUAGUUGAAAAGGAUUGCAGAAGUGCGUUAUGGUGUGUUCAUACUAGUUGACGUAAAGUAGCAGAAAGCCAGCGGCCAUUUAGGAAGCAUACCGCACUUCCCUGCUGCUACCCCCCCCCCCCGUGUGUAUGUGUUAAUGCACAAGCAUUUCGCUACACCCAGUAGACACAUGUUUCCAUAAAGUUUAAUUUGAUGAAAAAUAACUCCUGUGACUUGGCCUGCACAGUAUUUAUUUAACUAGGCAAGUCAGUUAAACACCAUUUUUAUUUACAAUGAUGGCCAUAGGAACAGCGGGUUAACUGCCUUGUCAGCUCAGGGAUUCGACCAAGCAACCUUUCAGUUACUGGCCCAACGCUCUAACCACUAGGCUACCUGCCACCCCUAAUAUGCAUUGUAGCAAGCAUGCUACUGGACUCUUAACCUGAUGUCCUGGACCUUGAGUGUUCAAGUCAGCCUUAGCAACUUUGUUGAGAGUGGGGUGCAGUCACAUUUUUUAUUUAUUUUAUGUUUUGAGCCAAGUGUUACAUGGCAGCAUGGACACAUUUAACAAUUGAUUUACAUCAGCUAAGUUAAUGGUUUUUGCUCUUUACAUGGGGUUAGAUACUAUAGCUUCAUAAAGCACACAGAAGUAUGAACACUGGGUCUCCUAUGGGAUUUCAACAGCUACUGGAAACCUUUUGUAUUUGCUGUGUUCAGACCAAUGUGAUGUCCAGUAUUGAACUGUUUUUCUUCUGAGUUUUGGGCAUUUGGGAUUAGAAACAGAAGUCCCCCCCUUGUUUUGAACCCACUUCUGUUGACCAGUUUUUCCAACAUUUUGAGUGGACCCCCUUUUGAUCUAUUUCCGUUAUUCCCCUUAUGUCACACAUGAAAGUGCCAUGUAUGGACGCCCAUCUUGUUUUUUUUUUGUUUUGUAAUUUGCACCUUGUGGAGACAACUGUCCUGUUUUUUAUUCUUUGUGUUGCACUUUUUGUAAGUGUUUUCUUCAGGAUUCAGGUAAGAAUAAUGGUACUUGAGACCAUAGGUUUUUUUUUUUCUUCCGUUGUCAUAUCUUCCGUGAUUACUAGCAAACCUUUUUGAGUGUGGCGAUAAAGCAGUGGCGGUGUCAGGACACAUUUAUCAGCAGAUAUAUUCUACGGAACAAGAAUAUAUUUUUAUAACUCACACAAGCAGUAUGUAUAGAAUAAAGAAUAUUGUCCUUCCGUUUGUUAUUAAUGAUCACAUUAAAAUUGAAAUGUCAUUUUCUGUAACAUUGCAGACUGUUUAUAGUCUUGUAUAUAAUCAUUGUUCAUUGUCACUCAAAUUCCAAGGUAUUGGGAGUCUUUGUAAGCUUUCAAGUGAUUAAAAUCUAAUGCAAAUUUAAAUGGA